UUGCUAUCCUCCAUUCUGCUGUUCUCUGAAUUGCGACCUCAACCGUCUCUCCCCUUCUAGAUUAAGUUUAUCAUCAAGGUUUGAAAGAGCUGAGAGAAUCAACAAUCCAAGCAACGACAUUCACAGGAAAUCUCGAUGCUCCAGUUGAUGAAACUCUGUUUGAUAUUGAGAAAGAGAUCGAUGAUUUAUUGCCAAUUAAAGUCAAAGAACAGAGAGUGAGCAACUUGCUUCAAGCAAUAAUGGUUGGAGGAUGUGUUGCAGCUAUGCCUCUCCUUAAAAUGAUCCCUACAUCAGUCCUUUGGGGAUACUUCGCCUUCAUGGCAAUUGAAAGCCUACCCGGAAACCAGUUCUGGGAAAGAAUCUUGCUUCUCUUCACAGCCCCAAGCCGUAGAUUCAAGGUUCUUGAAGAUAACAACGCAACAUUUGUGGAAACUGUUCCAUUCAAAACGAUUGCAAUGUUCACUAUUUUCCAAACAACUUAUCUUUUAACCUGCUUUGGUCUCACGUGGAUCCCAAUAGCUGGAGUUAUGUUCCCUCUAAUGAUCAUGUUUAUAAUACCCGUAAGGCAAUAUAUCCUCCCAAGAUUCUUCAAAAGUGCUCAUCUUCAGGACUUAGACGCAGCAGAGUAUGAAGAAGCACCCGCUUUACCAUUCAAUCUUGCAGUAUCGGAAGCUGAGGUGGGGUCAACAGCUUCGUAUCCAUGUGAUUCUGAGAUUCUUGAUGAGAAGCAGAGGAAAGUUUAGACACACGUGUAAUCCUAAAGUUACUAGCUCAACUUCAACUCCAGUUUAUAAUCGGAAUCUUUCUCAAGUGUUUAGUCCUAGAGUGAAUGAUUAAAGAGGUGAGAUGAGUCCUAGGGUUGCUGGAAAAGGGGAAAAUAGUGCAAAGCCGAGUCCGUUAAACCCAUCAUCGUCGUCAAAAUGAGUUUAGCCAUUAUGGAGGCUUGAUAAAACUGGAGGAGAGUAUGUAUGUUUAUAAAUUAGUUCAUUAACUGAUCUUGGAUCUAAUGCUUUCUUGAGUUUUCUCUUUUACCUAUGUCUGUUUGCAUUUCUGCUUUUGAUCUCGAAUCAUUGUAAAAUCUCUUACUUAACCUAUGGAAUGUCGGUAAAUUAUAUA